CUUUUCUAAUAGCCUUAAUUUUAAAUCUUAAUAAUUCUCCCUAAAAGAUAUGAAAAAGUUUGCAAUCCAAUUGUUGUGUUCCUUCUCCUUCCUCUCUCUUCUCUUGCAUAUCCUUGCAGCAGAAUCUCACCAAACUGGUGAGGAGAAAGAGUUUGGUUACCAAUUAAACAGUGAAAAUGGGCCAAGUCGAUGGGGAGAGCUUGAGCCAGAGUGGAGGACAUGUAGCAAUGGAACCAAGCAGUCUCCUAUUAAUAUAUUGAAGCAAAGUGUUAAAACAGUUACCCAUCUCGGGGAACUUGAUAGAGAUUACAGGCCUUCCAAUGCCACUCUUAAAAAUAAAGGCCAUGAUAUGAUGUUGGAAUGGGAAAGUGGUGCAGGAAGUAUUGAAAUAAAUGGAAAGGAAUACGUUCUGCAACAAUGUCACUGGCAUUCACCUUCUGAGCACACCAUCAAUGGCAGGAGGUUUGCUGUAGAGAUGCAUAUGGUUCAUAAAAGCGAAGAUGGAAAGGUUGCUGUGGUUGGAAUUCUAUUCAAAAUUGGAAAUCCUGAGUCUUUCUUAUCAUCUCUGAGAGACCACUUGAAAUCGGUGAGUGGCACCGGAAAAGCUGAGAAAGUGGUGGGUGUAGUUGAUCCAAAUGAUAUAAAGAUGAGUAGAAAAUAUUACAGAUACAUGGGAUCUCUUACAACUCCUCCAUGCACAGAAAAUGUCACCUGGACCAUUAGCACAAAGGUGAGAACUGUUAGCAAAGAACAAGUGCGAAUGAUUCGUGUGGCAGCUCAUGCUGAAUCUGGUUCAAAUGCAAGACCAAUUCAGGCGACAAAUGGACGAUUAGUGCAACUUUAUCAACCAGAUGAAGAAGAUGAUUAAUUCAUUCACUGCUCAUUACAUAAAGAGAUUGAUUAGUUAAUUAAUUAGAAUAAAAUGGGAUUUGUUCCCAUUAAUUUCCUUCAUUAUUUCCUCCUUCUAUUUGGAUAUACUGUUCAUUUUGUAU